CAGUAGGCUAUCUGCUCGUCGGUUCGGCUGUGUUCGGGUAACUCCGUGAAUAACAGACUCUCCUCCAUUUUACACCGUUACGCGAGUGUUGAAUGCUCCUCUGCUCCUGCGAUCGGUAUCACACCGUGAAGAACGUUUUCCCUGCAAUGGACGGCAUUGCAAGUGAUAUUGCAGUUGGUGUGAAGAGAAGCUCAGAUGAAUUGCUGUCUGGCAGUCUGUACAACAGUCCAAACUCUUCAGUCACUGCUAAUGGAAGUGACAGUAAGAAACUGAGGGUGGAGGACAGCAUGGACAGCCCACCAUCCAGAGUCAUUCAUAUCCGGAAACUCCCCAAUGAGGUUUCCGAGACUGAGGUCAUCGCCCUGGGUUUGCCAUUUGGAAAGGUCACUAAUAUCCUGAUGCUUAAAGGCAAAAAUCAGGCAUUUUUGGAGCUAGGAACAGAGGAAGCAGCUGUUACCAUGGUGACGUACUACACAGCUGUUACACCUCAAGUGCGUAAUGUCCCAGUGUUCAUUCAGUACUCCAACCACAAAGAGCUCAAGACUGACAGUGCACUCAACCAGCGAGCUCAGGCCGUGCUACAGGCGGUGUCCGCAGUCCAGGAGGGUGGCUCACCAAGCUCAGCGGCCGGCGAGAGUGUGUUAACGCCUGCCCCUAGCCCAGUACUGCGAAUAAUCAUCGACAACAUGUUCUACCCAGUCACCCUGGACGUCCUCCAACAGAUCUUCUCCAAGUUUGGGACCGUCAUGAAGAUAAUCACAUUUACCAAAAAUAAUCAGUUCCAGGCUCUUCUGCAGUUCAGUGACCCAGUAAAUGCCCAGCAGGCCAAACUGUCCUUGGAUGGCCAGAACAUAUACAACUCCUGCUGCACUUUGCGCAUCGACUUCUCCAAGCUGGUCAACCUGAAUGUAAAAUACAACAACGACAAAAGUCGGGAUUACACCCGGCCUGAUCUGCCCUCAGGAGAUGGUCAGCCGCCCGUGGACCCGUCUGUGGCAGCCACUCUCAGCAAAGAUUCCACCUCCCUGCUCGGUACUCCCUCUGGAAUGGUAACUUCCUACUCUAGUGGUGGAGGGUUUCCAUCUUCUCUAGGGGCCAUCAGUCCUCUGAGUGCAGCAGCAGCAGCGGCGGCAGCAGCAGGGAGGGUGGCGUUGUCUGGACAUUCGGGACCUGGUGGAGUGCUCCUGGUCAGCAACCUCAACGAAGAGAUGGUUACGCCCCAAAGUCUGUUUACCCUCUUCGGUGUCUACGGUGACGUGCAGCGCGUGAAGAUCCUUUACAAUAAGAAGGACAGUGCUCUAAUACAGAUGUCUGAUGGAAACCAAGCUCAGUUAGCCAUGAGCCAUCUAAACGGGCAGAAGAUGUAUGGCAAGAUCAUUCGUGUGACCCUCUCCAAGCACCAGACAGUACAGCUGCCCAGGGAGGGUUUAGAUGAUCAGGGCCUGACCAAGGACUUCACCAGUUCUCCUCUGCAUCGCUUCAAGAAGCCUGGGUCCAAAAACUUCCAGAACAUCUUCCCCCCUUCAGCUACUCUCCAUCUUUCUAACAUACCUGAGAAUGUGACAGAGGAGGAUUUACGACUGCUCUUCUCAAACUCCGGCGGUACAGUGAAAGCGUUCAAGUUUUUCCAAGAUCGCAAAAUGGCUCUGCUGCAGACGUCCACGGUGGAGGAGGCGAUUCAGGCACUCAUUGACCUCCACAACUACGACAUGGGCCGUGGCCACCGCCUGAGAGUCUCUUUCUCAAAGUCCACCAUCUGAGGAUCCCCUGGUGCUAUGCCACCUUUCCUGUUUCUCCCUCAGGAGCCUCAAGUCAAAUUCAUUUUUACCAGCCAUUCCUUAACACCAUAUCAAGGACUUCAAUAAUAAUGGCCCUUAAAGGAACACUCGCUCUGUAUCCGCUCCUUCUGUUGUUCGUGUAUGGCCAGCUGUUAUUCUGUUUUAGGAUGGAUUGACAAAAAUGUGCCUUACUUAGUAAAAUAGUAUCAUCCCUUUGCUCCUGUUGUUACACAUUAUAGAGGUUUAGGCACAUUAUGUGUGAUGAUACAGAAAAUGUAACCAAGGCUUUUGAAAGUGAUAGUUUUCACUCUUGCCCAACAUGGCCUCACCUUGUCAUUUUUCAAAACCAAUUCAAUUCAAGCUUUGAAAGCUAGUCGGCUUGCUUUGAUUCAAAGGCAGAAGCUUAUUUUUUAUGAUCUAUUGAAUUGAAUCUGAACUGAAUUUGAUGGAACAUGCUCCAAGUUGUAAAUGAUCUUGUGCAUUUGUUUUUAUUUUGGGCUGUAGUGUUUUUUUCUCCUUUGAUCAGGCACCCAAGGUACUUUUUGUGAUUGAAACCUGUGGUAAACAAACCUCUGACAGUGGGGAGCACAGUGUGUGAUGUAUAGUAUUUGAUUUGAUAUUUCUCUUUGACUUAUCUUCAGUGUAUUGUUACCUGUUUUUUUUUUUAGAUGAAAAUCAGAGCAUGUGCUGAUGGAUCUUGGCAGUUGCAUGUGUCAGGUUGACCAUGUUUGACGUUGUAAUGUCACAUUAAUGUAGAGACUGUUGGGACCAAAGUAAAUGUGCCUUUAGUCUUACUUUAUUCUGCAUUGUACAAAAUGUUUUAUUCAACCUCUGGAAUAUUUUUAUCAAUGAAAAAAAAAAAAAAUCAGACUUUCCAACUGACAUCACUCAUAUAAAUUAUCCUUAAUUGUCCUUGAUUGUGGCUAUACUAGAAUAGCUCACUGAUUCUACUGAUAAAUGACUUUUUUCUGGUCUAGGCCUUGGAAACAAAGGGGGGUGGGAGUGGUGUAAAUUUUCUACAUGAAUUGAGUUUUUACAUCUUCAGAAAUGUAAAGUUCAGCAUAGAAGCGGCACAAUUAAAGGUUCUUUUUUCUACCAAGCUCGUGCUUGACAGUCCCUGUGUGGUGUAGUGCUUUUAUCUUGUAGCAUGCUGAAUAAACUCUUCUCUCUCUGCA